UUCUUCCCCACGGUCUCUUUCUCGGAUCCCGAGUCUCCUUACAUGGCGAUGCUUGGUAACGUUUCUAGCAAACCCUAACAUGCCCAACCAGUUCUGACUUCUGAUCCAACGCUCCACGAGAUCGAGUCGCCAUGGAUGAAUCUUGGAGGUUCCGGCCGCCUCAGGGUCGCCUUUGUCCCGUCUGUUCGGUCCACCACUUCCCUUUCUGCCAAAUGCCGAUGCCACCGCCGCCCCAUGGAUUCGAUCAUUAUCGUCCUGAAUUUCGCCGAUUCACUUCAGGUCCCUCCCCGCCGUUCCCUCACCAGCCUCCUUUCUGGGACCACAGACCUCCGCCGCGGCCUCCGAUGCUACACACGCCAGAAUCCUGGGGCAUGAAUCAUGCUCUGGAGAGGGAGAUAUUCCGUCCUUUGAUCAAUCCGACGCAACGUUUUCCCCAAGAUGAAUUUUUGGGAGAAACCUCCUGUAAAAGGAUGCGAGUCGAAGAGCCACGAACUCUCCAUCCCCAUCCCUAUCCGUCAUUCGAUCGCAACGAGUUCGUUCCAGGGAGAAUAACGACGGAGGAUGAACGCAGGCUUAAUCUGAUUCGAGAUCAUGGGCAGAGGUAUGAAGGGAGGAUGCAAUUUAAAGCCGAAUUCCUACCCGUUCCAUUCGCCCGUGAUGGAUCUCAGGGUCAACCAGGGGAUGUCAGGGUAGAUCAUGGCUCUGAUGUCUCGAAGUUUAACUCUGUUGGAAAAAGUGGUUCAAGUUUACCUCCAGAAAUAACAUUUGUCACCCCAAAUCAAGCAUCGCUGUCAAAUGUAUCUGAGGCGCAUCAGAGUUUUGCAGGAACUCUAAGUUCCUAUGGGGAUGAGCAGUAUCCAUUCCGUGAAAGACUGGAUUUUGAAAGAGUGGAGGCCUAUGAUACACAUUUGGGUGAGAACAGGAUUAGCCAUUAUGAAAACAGAUAUUUUGUAGGAGGUUCAGACGUUGAAAACUACCCAAAUGCAAGACGUAGCCAGUCCAAUGUUUUCUUUCAGCAGCAUGGCAGCUAUAGGGAUGACUACUCUGUGCCUAAUCCUAGGUACAAUGUACCUCCUGUCACUGGUGAACUUCCUUUUUCUGUGAAGGGACAGCAAGCUACACACAAUACAUUAGACUGUGUACCACGAGAUCAAUUUGAGCAGAAUGAUUGCCUUGAUGUUCGAGAGAUUCAUGCACCAAAAGAUUACCAUUAUGGGCUGCCAAAUGCUGAACAUCCAGAACAAAGAAGUUAUCUUCUUGGACGAGAGAAAAGUUCCUAUCAAGCAUUUGGAGACCCUACAGAAAGAAGAGUUAAGCUACCCAUCCAACAGACAGAGGCACUUAGAUUUCCCUCUGAAACUAAAAUCCCAGAUAUUAGUGAUACUCAGAUACCACUAAAAUCAUUAAAUUAUCCAUUGUCAGAAGACUCAAAUUCAGAGAAUUUUGUUCUGCAAGGAGGUCUCUCUAACUUUCCCACUAUGAUUAAUGGUAAUUGCAUGACAAAAGAUAUCAGUCGAAUGCACACAACUGGCGUGCAUCUUUCUUUACCACCAUCUCUUCCAGCUGCUCAUGUUCCAGUGACAUCUUCAUCAACUAGUGUGCCACCGCCAGCAUUGUUUCCUGUCUUAGCAAAUGCUUCAGUAAUGACAUCCAUUCCAACUAAUAAAGAGUAUCCUGAUCCACAUAUUUUACGACAUUCUAGUGGCUAUAUACAGCAACCUCCUUUGGUUGAGACUGCACAGGAUUUACCUCUCAUCCAUCAAGCACCACUGAAACAUUAUCCUGACGGAGUGCCAAGAGUUUCUAUCAAUCAUGCUGUCAAUGCUAAGCCAACAGUUAUCAAUGCUUGUGACUUGUUUAAGCAACCUCUUCGUGCAUCUCGACCUGAUCAUAUCGUCAUCAUCCUACGUGGACUCCCAGGUAGUGGAAAGAGCUAUUUGGCUAAAGCAUUGCGUGAUAUUGAGAUCGAGAAUGGUGGAAAUGCUCCGAGAAUUCAUGCAAUGGAUGACUAUUUCAUGGUUGAAGUUGUGAAGAAUAUUGAUGACAAUGAAGGUUUCAAAUCCACUGGUUCAUCCAGAGCCAAAAAGCAGGCCACUAAGAAAGUCAUUGAGUAUUGUUAUGAGUCAGAAAUGGAAGAGGCAUAUCGGUCAAGCAUGUUGAAGGCAUUUAAGAAAACACUCGAAGAAGGGAUAUUCACAUUUAUAAUUGUGGAUGACCGCAAUCUGCGGGUAGCUGAUUUUGCUCAGUUUUGGGCAAUUGCAAAGAGAUCUGGGUAUGAGGUAUACUUGCUGGAAGCUCCAUACAAGGAUCCCAUGGGUUGUGCGGCUAGGAAUGUGCAUAGUUUUACACUAGAGGAUGUGCAGAAGAUGGCAGAAAAAUGGGAAGAAUCUCCACCUUUAUACUUGCAAAUCGAUAUUCAGUCAUUAUUUCAUGGGGAUGAUUUGAAUGAACACUCCAUUCAAGAGGUUGACAUGGACAUCAAUGACUCAGACUGUGACAACAGUAAUGCUAAGUUGGAGGAGGAAAGCCUCAAGCUUAUAGAACCAAAAACUGUGGAUUUUGUGCAGAAACAAGAUUCAUCAAAACUUGGAGAGAAGUGGGAAUCUGAUGAAGAGGAAGAGGAGCAGACAAGAAUCAAAGAAUUGGGAUGUAGUAAAUGGUCGAAGAACUUAGAUGAGGAAGAUGAAAAACCUGGAGGUGUCGGAAAAAAUUUAAAUGCACUUUCUGGCCUUAUGCAUGUGUAUACUAAUGGUGGAAAAUCAGUUCACUGGGGUGAUCAGCUUAACAAAAGUGGUUUUUCAAUUGGUGCUGUGAAGAAACACUCUUUGAUCAUUGGCCCAGGAUCAGGAUACAAUUUGGCAUCAAAUCCAGUAGUUGAAAACCAGGACUCUGCAGGGGCAACUAAGAACAGCAGUACGAGUGAAUCAAAGAGGCAGUUCACUGAAAAACUUCGCGCUGAGCAUGAGUCAAUCAGAGCUGUUCUAAACAAAAGGCGGCAACGAAUUGGAGGAUUUUUUAACACUGAAGAUGAUUAGUUCAAUCCAGUUUUUUUUUCCUUUGAAUUUGUCAAUCAUAGAACACACUGCCGGUGUUCCAGAUCCUCCAUGAUCAUCGUUCUUCAAAUGGCACCUGAUCCAGAGUAAACAUUGAGACAGCAUCUGCGUUGAUGUACCUGAAAAAUGACCGUAUUCAACGCCAGAUUCAGGGCUACGCGAUUUCAGUGAUGACCUUGUGUAUAUAGCAUGGACGGCAGCUGAUUCUGAUCGUCAUUUUUCUUCUGUUUCAUCUGAGAGAAAUUUACAUUGUAUUUAAAGAGAAAAAUUAACUUUCAUGUAUAUAGGAUUUCAGUAUAACAUCCAUAGACUAUGGAUUAAAACAUUGAAUAACAUCCAUGGUUGUCUUCUGUGACUGUGAGCUCUAUGAAACUUUCAGAGGUGACAGUCUUCAGGUGA